AUGUCAGGACUUGAAGGACUUAGCAUCGGCGCAAACGUUAUUGGAGUUUUGGUAUUUGGUCUUCAAGCAGCAAAGUUCAUUGCAGAAUCGGUAUCAAAAUAUCAAGAUGUCGAAGACGAUCACAGGAGAUUUCUGGAUGCAAUUCAGAGGCUCGCUGGUGUGUUAACAGAUGUUAACGAGAUUCUAAAGACUGAUGAGGAUAAAUUGCGCUAUUCAAGAUUAUACACGGUUGCGAAAAAAUGCGAGAAUGAUUUGAUUAAGAUUCAUGAUAACAUUUUGGAGUGGACCGGGUCGACCGCGGGGAAAAAGUCGAAGACGAUUCGAACGUGGAAGAAAUUUAAGUUGAUAUUUUUAGGAGAUAAUUCGAAGAGGUGGUUGGAGAGUUUAGAGAGUCAUUAUGGGUUCAUACUUUUUCAGUUGAAUAGGAUACAACUAGAUGAUCGGAAGGAACAAAAGGUAGCGGUUGGAAGAAUCGAAUCCAAUCUUGCACAUGUUUCAGAUACUAUUUUGAAUAUCGAAGAUACUCAGGUUGAAACUUUGGUCCGCAUCGACAAGGUCGAGACGAAUAUCACUCAACAAAUAGAGACGAACUCGAUAGCUGUGCAGGGUUUGAGUAACUCUGUGGGUGUUAACUUCACACAAGUUAACGGAACACUGAAUUCUAUCGACUCGUUAGUCAAAUUGUUUGCGAACAACCAGGUCUACAAAGCGUCUGAAGAACGGGAGAGGGACGAAUUUGAGAAGGCUACUGGUAGAAUAUUCCGACUUGGUGCAGCCGCCGCUACUCGGCGAGAACUCGAUGUCCAACGAGAACAGACUGAACAAGUCUUAGAAGAUAUUCGAAAAGUGCUGGAUUUCGCAAAGAGUGGAGAUUUUUCUGAGAUUUCGGGAGGGGCUGUAGAUACAGACGACCCGAAGCAGAGGAGUAGGAAGAUUGUAGGAUUGUUGGCCAAUUCUGAUAAUCUUUCUAUCGGAUAUGAUACCCAAGCUUUUAGGACCUUCCAAUCCUCGAAGUCGAGCUAUUCUGUCACCAAAGUUUGUCAAUGGGAGCAUCAAGACUUUUCCCUCCGUGUGACGGAAGGUCUGAAAUAUGAAAUUCCGAGGACAAAGGCGGUAGCUCAACCCGAUGAAUUCUCAAGCCGGGUUAUGAAAAUUACCUACCUCCCAAAAUCGACCGGUAUUAGCUCGACCAUUGAUCUAUACCUAUCUCAAUCUCAAACUCUCAAGUCACCGAUAUACGCUGGACUAUGCUUCCGUGCAACGGUACCAAUGGACUCUCCGAUUCUGCAAGCAAUCUUCUUUGGUGACCUUGACAGAGUCAAAUAUUUGAUAUCCAUGGGGCAGGCUAGCAUACACGACUGUGAUAUGUAUGGACAAAACUUAUUGACAUUCUCUCUUAUUCCAGGCGAUAGUGCUCAUCCCGAGGGAUGUUCAGAUUCAGAUAAGGAGUUAAUUACGAAUAAUCGUCUUUCAAUUGCCCAUUUUUUCAUAGGUGUGGGGAUUGAUGUUAAUCACGUCGACAACGGCAACUCAGAUAUAGUGACCACAACAAGGUUAUGGAAGAAUAAACGAGGAGUAGAAAUUCUCUUUGAAAAUGGCGCAAACCCCAUGUUGAACCCUGGAAACAUUAUAAAAUAUGCGAGAGAGCUCAAUACACCGGAGUGGAAGCGCUUCCUUGACUGGAUCAUUGAGUUUUACGAUGUCAAUGAUGCUGUGUCGUGGACGGUUGGUUGUAAAACCCGCCGAGUUCCUCUGUUGCACACUAUUCUUUGGGAUUAUGCCACCGACCUCUGGAUAGACCCCGAUAGGUUAUGCUCGUAUAAGAUCAAAGAAGUUGUGCGAAUGUUGAUUUUAAGUGGUGCGGACGCCUUUUCUAGAACGCCAGAAGGAGAGAAUUGCCUGCAUUUAGUGAUGCAGGCAACCAGGCUUUCGGACUGCGUUGCUGUCGCUGUGGCCCGUCCUCUGUUGAAGGAACUUCUCCUAUUUUUAAUAGGAGAAAUCAAACUUGACGUUCGAGGCGAAACAAAUGUCGGAAUAUCGGUAUCAGAUUUAGCAUUUUCCAUGAAAUGUCCUUCAGGGAGGUGCCUCUGGCCCGUGUGGGUCGCAGUAUUGCUGGAGCUUGGGUAUGACCCUCUUGAUGUUGCAAGAGGGAGCAUUUGCUUUGAUAAAGUCGAACGACUUCUCGCCACAAUGGAAUAUGGAAGUAAAUCCACUGACCCGCGGCUUGAAAUGCGCUACAAUAUAGUUGAUGGCCAUUGCUCUUGCCCGUCUUGCUAUCCUGACAGCGAAGAUGAUUAUGUUGAGAUUUUAGCAGGAAACCUUGAAGAUGAAUUUCCGGUCUCCGAGGGCCAAGCUUUGGGAACGGAUACUAGUUCUGGCUAUUGUCUGUUUUCUAGGCUCUCCCCAAAGUCUUACUAUCCGUAUCAGCCGAGCGAUCGAUUGGAAGAUUAUGAAUUUUUUGAGGAUCUUGUAUUGGACAAUGAAACAGAUCUUGUUUGCCAACCAAACUAUGACGCGUCGGUUAGUGACUGGGCGCGUAUACUCGAAGAAGGGCACUAUGUCGGCAGCUAA